ACAAAAGAUCAAAAGACAACAACAAAAUGGCCGAAGGAAAGGAAUAAAGUUUCCAUUGCUUGUAAAAUAUUUUUAUUAACAAUUUAAGAGUGUUGUGCUAAAAUCAUGAAGGAAAUUAAUAUAAACAUCGAAGGAUACAAUGUAAACGGCAUUUGCGUCGGAUGUCUUAAUUACAAUCGCAAAAUGUUUUAUCGCGACGAAGUUAAGGAAUUUUAUAAAUUAUGGGCUAAUAUAGAUGUCCCAGAUGGCUUAACUAUCCAAGUGUGUUGGGAAUGUCUUGCCUCAGUGACCUCCGCAGUUAGAUUUCGACAUCAAAUACAUAAAGCAUAUCAAGUGCUAAUAGAAUAUUCAAAAAAGCAAAUGUUUUUAAACUCUCCGAAUGAUUUAACGAAGCAUUCUAUCAAUCGACUUACUUCUACAAACAUUGUGUAUGAUGUUGUAGUGCAGCAGUUCAAAGAAGAAGAUAAUAUUAUAGAUAAUGUCAAAAUAGAACAUGAGACAGACAAAUAUGAACAGAAUUUUGAUUCAUUAGAUUUACAAUUGGAAGCAGUAGGAAGUCCAAAGAAAGAAGAUGUAACGGAUUACUUUGAUAAUUUUCUAGAAGAUUCCGCACAUCAAAAUCAUUCCUCUGACGACGAUAUACAACUUUCUAAAUUGAAGACGAAGAAGAAAAAAAGAAGGAAUAAAUUGGGCAAAAGUAAAAAGAAAGUAAAAGAUGAUUUGUUACCAGUGACUUUUGUAUCUGAGGUUGAUAAUAAUACAGAAGAUACAGUUAAGAGUUCUAGAAAGUUAAAGAACUUGCCAGAAGAUUAUGUAGAACUGUAUACAAUGAGUGAAGAAGAAAUGUGGCAAGUCCGUGCUCGGGAUGUCACCAGAGAGGAAUUUGCCGCACUCAAAUAUAAAUGUGACGAUUGUCUUACAAGUUUUAAUACGGAGAAAUUAAUGAAUUAUCAUAAGAAUGGAAAACAUGUUUUGAAAAGUGAAGCGGAUGUCCAAUGUGACGUGUGUAAGGCGUAUUUCAUUACACGUGACAAUAUGUCUUGUCACCGCGCGCUGCAUCUGACAGCGUUCAGAUGUCGCGUAUGCAAUGACGUCACAACACGCAAGCGCAGUAUACUGAAGCACGUGCGGGCGGAGCACGGCGCGCCGGGGACUGCGUGUGCGACUUGCGGGAAGACUUUCUCUUCAGAAUCGAAGUUGAGCUAUCACAGAGGCGUGUGCCAUAAGGAGAGUCCGCAAUGCGACUGUUGUGGGAAAGUGUUUGCUAGCAAAUUGACACUUAAGUAUCACUUAAAAAUACUAACACCGAAACAACCGGAAGAAAAAGUACAUAUACCAUGCAAAGGAUGUGAUAAAGUUUUCUUCUCUAAAAAGAGUUACAGAGCUCACGUUGUGAUCCACAACGGCGAGACAUACCCUUGUCCGAUCUGCGGUAAGCAGUUCCAAUGGAAACGCAACCUCGCGCGACACACGCGUAACCACCGCGAGCGCGACGCCGGCGCAACACACGAGUGUCGCGAGUGCGGGAAGACGUUCUCCAGCAGGGAUUGCUAUAAUAACCAUAUGCGGCUGAGCAAACGACACGUACCGGAACACGCGUACAUCCACGCUUGUAAUUACUGCGGUAAAAAGUUUGCAUCUAAAUGGUGUAUGGUUGAUCAUAUUGACUGGGAUCAUCUCAAAGUAAUAAAAUAUCAAUGCAGUGUGUGCUUAAAGGCAUUUAAAACAGCAAAAAUAAUGGUCGCCCACAUGAAUAAUAUACACGAAGGUAAAAAGAAUAAAGAACCAGAAACGGAACAUUUGUGUGAAAUAUGCGGGAAAUCUUAUAAAUCUGUUAAAAGAUUAAAAGGUCAUGUAUGGGCAAUGCAUACAAAUCGUUCAUCGACAAAGACAUUUAAAUGCAAAUUAUGUCCGGCAACAUUUACUUGGCAAACUUCAAUAUAUAAACAUAUGAAAAUGAUGCAUGACUCCAGUAAGAGGAAUAAGCAAACAAAAUUAGCUACAGUGAAGAAGCAAGAAUUAUACCCGGAGAUAGAAUUAACAAAUAGAAUGCAAUAUUUUCAGCAGAAUUUAGCGAAUAAUCUACAAAAUAUGGUACAAGUACAACCAACACCAAUACAAAUUGUACAAAAUAUUGUGUAAUAAAUGUUAUGGAAUUA